UAACGGCUAAAUGUCCAGCUAGUAGAUUAGAAACACACCCUAAUGCCGCUUUUAAAGUAGAUAUAAAACAUCGACACUGGGAUGUAUGAAGAACACGCGUGUUAUUUCAGCAGUUUUACGCGGUACGUUUAAUUCUCGUAGUUGGUUGUUUAGAGCGGAUCUUAAACUACACAAGCAGAAAUGUUCUGCAGAAACCAAAGCUCCAGAGUCACCGUGGCCCGUGGAUCCGCGCUGGAGAUGGAGGUGAAGAGAGGACAGUUUCGGCUGAGUGUGCUGGAGGACUCCGCACAGGACUGUGAGGUGCAUAAAUUGAUCGAGAGAGAGGUGCGUAUAAGAGAUGGAGCUUGUAGGCUUUUAGCCGCGUGUUCUCAGAGGGAACAGGCCCUGGAAGCAUCCAAAACCCUCCUCACCUCAAACAGUCGCAUAAUGGCCCUCAUGAGCCGCCUGCAGCGCAUGAAGGAAGCACAGGCCAUGCAGAGAGCUGGACGGAGGUCUUUUGAUGGUGGAGCUCUUGAGGAGAGAUUACCUUGUACCGCAAAAGUAGCCAUUUCAGAUAUCCGCAUUCCUCUUAUGUGGAAGGACACCGAGUAUUUUAAAAACAAAGGGGAGCUUCACCAGUGUGCUGUGUUCUGUUUACUGCGAGUGGGGACAGAGAUUCAUAAUACAGAUCUUGUAAUAGUAGACAGGACACUCACAGACAUCUGUUUCGAAGAAACGUUGAUAUUCUCUGAUGUACCUCCAGACUUUGACCUGCUGGUGGAGCUCUACAGCUGCCGUGUAGAGGAGGAUUUCAGCUCGGGCCUCUCCUCCUGGAGGCUGAGCCGUCUGGGCAAUUCUGUUACCCGCGCCUCUAGUAAAAAAUUCAUGUCAACUCUGGAGACGGCAGCUUCCUGUGGUUCUCAUGGCAACGGGGGAGGAUCUGGGGGAGGUGGGUCACCUGGGGGAGGUGGGUCACCUGGAGGAGGAGGAGGAGGAUCACCUGUCCUGCUGCCCGUCCAGUCUGUUCAGGGCCCCAAAUAUCAUCUACUAGCUCACACUUCUUUGAAUCUCUGCCACAUACAGAAGUCUUUCCGAACCCAUGACCUGACCAUAUCAGGCACAGAGGAAACUUCAUACUGGUUGCCGUUGUAUGGUAGCAUGUGCUGUCGACUUGUGGCUCAGCCUCUCUGCUUGACUCGAGAUGUCGUGUGUGGAAACCUUAGAGUUCAGUCAGAUGCCAGUCCUGAGGAAUGGACUGAUGUCUACGGUGUCCUGAGAGGGACUGAUUUAAAUUGUUACCAGCAGAAAAGCGAUACAGGAUCUUUAGAAAAACCAGUGUUUACUAUUCCCAUCAAUAAGGACACCCGUGUGCGUGCUGCAGAAAGGAAUCCGUCUUUGAACACCCAAAGUAUCACCAUAAGCAACCAGACUGCUGAUGAGACUACAUACACGAUUGUCACACGACCGCCAGAGGACACACACCGCUGGAUGGAGGCAUUCUGGCAGCAUUUUUAUGACAUGAGUCAGUGGAAGCAGUGCUGUGAAGAGCUCAUGAAUAUUGAGGAAACAUCUUUAAGAAAACCAGGGACAGUGACGCUGAAGAAAGGCUCUUUGUUUCAUGAAAUGGGUAAUAAAGAGAUAUAGUUGGUUACGCCAUCAACCAACCAGACCCGAAACCAUCUGCUACCUCUGAACAGACCUGUUUCUUCAGAGAUCCAGAACCUGCUGUCCACCUAUCAUAAUGACAGGUGAUGUCGACUUGGACAAUUCGUACAAAAACACAGAAACAUGCAAGAAAUUUAUACGCCCUCACGUUCAAUGGAGUCAUGCUUUUUAUUGCAAAGACAUACCAAACACUCUUUACUUUCUAGAUAAAGCGCGGAUUGUUGCCGUACACUGUGUCCUUGUGACACUUGAAUUAGUUAUUAGUAAAUUUAUACCGGGAGGGGCUUCAUUGCAGGUGAAAUCAUCUGAAUCGUUCACCUUUGCAUUGAAAGUCGUCCAUAGGUACUCUAUAAUUUCAUUGAUUCCUAUAUAGAGGCAUGUAAACACGUUUAGACGAGUUUCCACAUGCUUUAAUAAUAGCAUAUAGGUGUGGUGAUACUGCGACACGCCAAACUGUCCCAGCGCUGCACAAUAGGGCUAUGUUUUUAUUUAAACACACAUCUGUCAUCAAACUAUGAUUCAGAGUUUAUAUAAACAUAAUCAUUUGACACAGUCUGGGUUAUUCCCACAACCUAUCAAGACUUGUAGCACUGCAUUUAAUUUAAUAUGUAAUAGAUUUUGUGUUUGUUUAGGAUUCAUUAGACUGUUUCAGUUUGAUACUUUGUGAGAUUAUGAGUCUCUUGAGCAACUCAGUCUUUUGCAUAAUACCUCUUUAAUAUUUCAUCUGAUAAAAAUGAAACUACAGUACAGUUAUGGUGUGAUGCAAUUUCACCUGCUCACAUACUGUAGUGUAGACCAUCAGUAUAAUGAUUCAUUACAAUUCACAGGACAUGUCUAUAUAUUAUAAAGAUAACGCAAGGCAAGUUUAUUGAUGUAGCACUUUUUAUACACAAACCCUUUACGGUAGGGUUGAAUUUAUAUAAAAAUUGUGUUUAAUAAAUGUCAUUAUUGAUUUUGAUUGCAAUACCUCAAGCUGCGCAGUUAUAAAGUCAGGCGCAUCUGCUCCAAACAAAGACAAUUGGGUGGGGAGUAAGUGACGUUAUACGAUUAUACAUUACAAUUUACAGGACAUGCCUGAAUAUUAUUUAGAUUACUAUGUGUGACCGAAUACAUGGUGAAGUCAUUUUUGGCAUUUACAAAAAGGGACAAACCAGCUGUUGGGUUGCAAAUUAACCUAUGUUGGGUUGUUUUAGAUUAAAAUGCUGGUUUCAAAACCUCCCAAAUGAAAAUUCAUGCACAGAAAACUAUCUUAAACUGAAUUUGAAUUAAAAAACUGUAUUAAAUUACGUUUUUUCUAAAAUGUCCUAAAACUGCCCCCGUCAACGUCUCACGCUGUCCAAGGGCGGCUUGCCCCCCAGUUUGGGAACCACUGUUGCGUUUGUCCCUUUUUGACCAUAAUGUUAAUUUUUUUUUUUUUAAAUGUAAUUUUGAUAUCUUUAAUAUUGACUUUUGAAAUCAAUGUGAAAAAAAAUAUUAUGAGACGUUAAUCUGGUUUUACAUACAGAGUAACACAUAUUUUUAAGCAAGAAAUGGCAUUUACCCAAAAAAAGUGUAUUUUGAUGCACAAAAUGUGCAGCAUAUCUAAAAACACUGCACUAUAUCUUAUUUAAAGGAACAGUAUGUAGGACUGUGGCCAAAGCUGGUAUUGCAAUCACAAAACUUGUGGCUAAAACUGGUACUGCAAUUACACAACUGGUGGCCAAUAUACAAAAUGACAACAUAAACAUCAGUUGAGGGCUGCAACUCCAUAUUUUAAAUGACAAGAUCAUGGCCAUACCACUGUUGUCAGUGAUAUAAGUAUUUGAAAUGCAAAUGAUUUCUUAAUGUCUAGUGAAAUAUCAGGGCCAUUUUAUGAUUAAUUGAUAUAAAUUUCUUACAUACUGUUCCUUUAAAAAAUCUCUGUGAAACCUCAUUUUCCAGAAUAAUAUAGUUUCACAGUGUUGUUUGAGUUCUGAUAUUUCAUUGGAUGAUCUGAAUGUAACGUUAGAUGUAACUUCCCCUGUUCACACAGGUCAUCAGUAUGAUGAUACAUUACAGUUCACAGAAAAUUACUGAAUAUUAUUCAGAUUAUGUGUGACCCUUUCUUAUAAAACUCAGCUAAAGUCAUUUUACUUUAAGCAAGAAAUAAUCUUUAAUCAAAAUUCAGUUUGUAUUUUGAUGCACAAAAUAUCCAGCAUAUCUAAAAUUACCGCUCUGUAAAUUAGUUUUCUGGAAAAUUAGAUUUCACUGAGAUUUUUUAAUAAUAAAAUUUCACAGUGUGACAUGAGUUUCAUUGGAUGAAACUAAACGUAAACUUUAGUAAUGUUAGAUGCACUUCCCCUGUUCACACAGGUCAUCAGUAUGAUAAUGCAUUACAGUUCACAGAAAAUGACUGAAUAUUCAAAUUACUAUAUGUGACCCUGCCUGGGACACUCAGCUAAAGUCAUUUUUGUCAUGUCCUGUUUUCUACAUAAAAUCUUCAUACACUGCUGGGUUAUUUUAGUGUUGAGUUUAUUUUUUGUUUCUGACACUUAUAAUUGAACAUAUUGUGCUUAUUAAUGUUGCCCUGUUUAUGAAAAGCCAAAAAAUAAAUAAAUUGAACCUAUGCUGGUUGUUUCAGACCAAAAUGCUGGAUUGUUUACCCAAUUGCUGAGUUUGUCCAUUUUUGACCUAACACUGGGUUAAAAAAGACAGCAUUUUAUCAGAGUUUACAUAAUGUUAAAAUACAUUCUGUGAAAUAUAAUCUUGAUAACCUUACUCAGUCAGUAUUAAAGAUAUGUCAAAAUUUGAAAUCAAAACUUUAAUGCUCCUAAUCUCAUUAUUAGAUUGCGACUUAAGCCUGGAUUAACAUACAGAGUAACAUAUUUUUUAAUCAUGAAAUAAUUUUUAACAAAAAGAAACAGUUUGUAUUUUGAUGCACAAAAUAUUCAGUUCACAGAAAAUUACUGAAUAUUCAGAUUAGUGUGUGUGACCCUGCCUGGGAAAACUCAAAUAAAGUCAUUUACUUUAGGCAAAAAAACUCAUGCUGGGUUGUUUUAGACCAAAAUGCUGGAUUGUUUUACUGGUGGGUCAAAGAUAAAAUUUUCUCAGUUAAUUUGAACCCAAUGGCUGGGUUUGUCCCUUUUUGACCUAACGCUGGGUUGAAAAUAGCACAACAUGUUUAGUGUGUACUGUAUAUAAUGAAAAGAACAUUCUGUGAAAAUAUAAUCUUAAAAUCUUUAAUAUUGACUGAUCAAGGUCAUGUUUGAAAUCAAUGUGAAAUCAAAACUUUGAUGUUCCUAAUCUCAGAAAUUGAUUAUGAGACUUUAUCCUGGUUUUACAUACAGAGUAACAUUUGUCUUAAAGGCGCUCUAAGCGAAUAAUGUGCGACGUCACUUCCUGUUGAUGUUUGAACUGUUUUCAAACAGACAGAGCGUAGCUAACUCCUCCCCCUCCCCCUCCCUUCCGUGCUUUCAUGAACGCGCCCAACCCCCACCCCCAAAUCCUUCUUGUCGUUUAUUGGCUGGAACACUUUGUUAUGGUUUCUGUUUGUAGGUUUGGCCAUUUGUUGAUAUUGCCGUUUGUGAAGCCUGGGCUGUCUACAGAGAUCGCGUUUUUUUACAGUUUGAUCAGCGGACAGGCAGCAAGCAGAUAGUGAGGAGAUGUUUCCGGUAUGUAACAAAAAAUGUUUUAUGAUCUAAAACGCUUCAAUUCGCUUAGAGCACCUUUAAAGCAACACUAUGUAGUUUCCAUGUAAAAAUGACUUACAGCUCCCCCAUGUGGUUGAAAAUUGCACCAGUGCCUGGUAUCAGACACUCUUCUGCAGGCAGGGGGAGGGGCAGGGCUGUGUUUCCUACCCUCCACCGCCACUUUCAGAGUGUGCUUGUAGCAGCUAGGAGGCUGCUCAGGUUGCAGCAACAGUACAAUUUGUCCAGUUAAAAGUUGUUCUAUCACUGAAAUCAUUUUAGAGACAUUAUUUAAAGGUAAAAAAACUACAUAGUGUUGCUUUAAGCAAGAAAUAAUCUUUAACAAAAAAUACAGUUUGGAUUUUGAUGCACAAAAUAUCCAGCAUAUCUAAAAACACCGCACUGUAAAUUUGUUUUCUGAAAAACAAGAUUUCACUGAGAUUUUAUAAUGUAAUUUCACAACAUUGCUGAAGUUCUCAUAUUUUAUUGGAUGAAACUGAAUGUAAACAUCAGUAAUGUUAGAUGUAACUUCCCCUGUUCACACAGGUCAUCAUUAUGCAUUACAAUUCACAGAAAAUGACUGAAUAUUCAAAUUACUAUGUGUGACCCUGCCUGGUAAAACUCAGUCAUUUUUUAUCAUUUUCUGUUUUUUACAUUAAAUUAUACACAGCUAGGUUAUUCUCUACCCAGUGUUGGGUCAAAAAUGGGCAAACUAGCCGUUGUAUUGUAAUUAACCUAUGCUGGGUUGUUUCAGACCAAAAUGGUGGAUUGUUUGUUUUAACCCACUGGUGGGUCCAAUAUAAUUUUCUGGGUUAAUUUAACCCAAUUGCUGAGUUUUUCCAUUUUUGACCUAACACUGGUUUGAAAAUAACACAGCAUUUUCAGAGUGUAAAUAAUGUUAAAAUACAUUAUGCAAAAUAUAAUCUUGAUAUCUUUAUAUAUUGACUGAGUUAACUUUGAUGCUCCUAAUCUCAUCAUUAGAUUGUGACUUUAGCCUGGAUUUACAUACAGAGUAACAUUUUUUACGCAGAAAUACAGUUUGUAUUUUGAUGCACAAAAUAUCCAGCAUAUCUAAAAUUACCCCACUGUAAAUUUGUUUUUUGGAAAAUUUGAUUUUACUGAGAUUUUUUAAUAAUACAAUUUCACAACAUUGCUUGAGUUCUCAUAUUUCAUUGGAGGAAACUGAACAUAAACUUCAGUAAUGUUAGAUGCACUUCCCCUGGUCACACAGGUCAUCAGUAUGAUGAUGCAUUACAGUUCACAGAAAAUGAAUCAAUAUUCAGAUUACUGUAGAUGAUGAUAGUCGUUUAGUUUAGCAACAAUAAUAUUUGUAUUUUGAUGAACAACAUUAUGUUCAGUGCACAUAAGACAGUUUAAAGAAACUUUUUUUAUUUAUUUAUUUAGACUUUAUGUCAACCUUGUCUUGGUUUUUCAUACUUUAAAAUCAGGACUUUUGGCCUUUUUUUAAAAAACAUUCAGAUGAAGUGGCCUAAAAAUGUAUUAUGGCCACGAUCUAAAAGUGUGAAUGUCACACUAAAAUAACAUUGACUUUUCCACAUUCAAGUGCUAUAAUUGGGUUCCCAGUGCAUCUAUCAACCUAGAUAAUGUGAAAAGAGCAACCCAGUAACAUAGUUUUGGUAAACCAUUCUCUGCAAGCAUGUGAAAAAAUAGGUCAUUGAAAUUUGGCUCCCCUUGUGAUGUCAGAAGGGGAUAAUACCACCGCUUAAUCUGUACUAUUAUUCAACAACGGUACUGCCAUUUAGUGCAGAGAUCAGCUCAAUUGCAUUUAAAAGGACACACCUUAAAAUAGCAAAUUUUUAUAUAUAAACUAUAAAUUAUCGAUAAGAUAUUUUGAGAUAAUACUUUACAGAUGUACUCUGGGAACACCAAAGAUUUAUUUUACAUCUUAAAAAAGUCUUGCGAAUGGUCCCCAUUAAAGAUACACUGACAAAAAAUAUUUGGACAUUCGUAGUUAAAUUGUUACACAUCUGGUUACUUGCAUUUGCCAGACACUUUUAUCCAAAGUGACUUACAGUGCAUUACAAGGUAAUUUAUGUCGUUUCUGUGUUCCCUGAGGUUCAAACACAUGACCUUUGCGGUGCUAACACCCAACGCAAGCAUCUUAAUUAAGCAGUACAGCAUAUGCGCCUAAGGUCCUCAAAUACUGUACUUUUUGGAGCGAAUGCAAAUGUGACAAUCCAAAGAGUUCAGUACAUGUGAGCACGUUCGUUCCUUUUGUCACGUUUGACACAGACUGAUAAACGAGCACUCCAUCGUGCAUCAUCUUCGCUGAUGGUCGUGUGCCUGUUCGCUCUUGCCAUACUGGUGAUUUUUCCCUGAGGGAGAAAGAAGUCAGGGUGGAAUUAGGGAAUGCACACGAUACGAAAUCACAAUUGACUGCACCCACGUCCUCUGUUGUAUUGAUAUGACAGUCCCGAUGGGCCACAUUCCUCUGGUCGCCACCUACUCCGGUUUGAUAAAUAGUGCGGUUUGUGGGGGUUUGUGAGUUGUACGUGGGUGUUAUGUGCUUGUUUACACUUGUGUCUUAAUAUACUAGAAAUCACGUGUUUAUUUGUGCAUCACUGUGGAGGUGUUUAAACUUUAAUGACUCAAGGAAAUGAAAGAUUUGUUGGUUGUUGGAUUUGAUGCUAAAUGCUAAAUCAUCAGUUUUAGCAUUUUAUGUGUGUGAAUGUCACUGUUUGCUUCAUUUUUUAGAGGGGUAAUAUUAUAGUGUUGAAUUUAAUCUUAAUAGUUAAAUUUGAUUUAUUGCGUGCCGCCAUUGUUAAAUUUUCAUGAUGAUUUAUUGGCAAAGCCAAACUUUGAGCAGAAGUACUUCAAGAAAUUUGGCUUGGGGCAUCAUGACUUUACAGAAACUUCAUGCCUGCAUUGAUUUGUCACUUUAAUUUACAACAAUCAUGUCAGAAACUUCAGUAGUGUGUGAUAUUUACUAUCUGGUAAUUUUUGUAAUUAAAUACUUUCUCAUGAGUUGUAAUGAAAAGUAUAGUUCACCAGAAAAAAGUUAUUGUUCAAUUAAUGUACAAUCAUAUAGUUUCAAACCCAUAUGAGUUUCUGUCUUGCAUGGAAAACAAAAGCAUAUGUUUUGAAAUGUUGCUCAACUACAAUGUAAGUUGAUGGGAACCAGUGGAUCAAAUUUCAAUGAACAAUAAAGGCACUAUUAAAGGAGCAUUUCACCCGUAGAAACAUUCAUCUUUGUUAAAAGUGCGUCAUAUUUGUAGUCGAAAUGUAACAUACAUUUCGAAUUUUGUGCCUAUUUGACCGAGAAAAGGGGUGUUUGUAGUCUCACCCCCUCAACAAAGGACUUCCUGCUUUCAAUGAUGCAAAAUGACGAUUUUUACAUCAUUGAAAGAAGGAAGUGUAACACUGAAAUCUGUAUUUCUCUUUUCUCAGCGGCAACUGAGGAAAUGAUGCACCACCAUUUAAAAACAUGACUAGGGUUCUAACUAUACAAAGCUUAAUGCAAUUGGGUGAAGUGUCCCUUUAAACACCAUAAUAACUUUUAUAUUCCAAGGCAUCUGACAACAGCUGUGGUCCUUUUUUACUUUCAUUAAGAUUUGACAUUCUGUAAUAAAUAUAAUUUUUCGAAAAUCAUGUAGGUUUUCGACAUACGUUAUGGUAUGGAAAUGAAUGUUUCUAAAAUGUAAAAUAAAAGUGAUUUUAAAUGUA